GGGAUGCUUACUCCUCUUAGACACUUCAUCUACCUCUGGUAUGUCUAUGCUCUUUAUUUUGUAAUAUUCCUUGCGGCAGUUAUGAGAUUGAUCACUGUUCGUUAUCUUCACCUUUCAUAAUGGAGAAUAGGUGUUAAAAUUUGAAACUCCAAGACAUGUUAUCCUUAUCCAUAAUUGUAAUUUAGAAAUAUUAACUCAAAAUGAAACCCGGGUGCAUUAAUUAUGGUUGCAGGAAAAUUGAGACUGAGUGCAAUAAUAAAUAUAAUUUCAAAAUCAUCUCUCAGAAUUUUCAUAACCAGUAGCGUUCAUAAAUUUAUAUGUAUCUAUCUCUAAGAAGAAUAACUAUAGAUGCAAUUAGAGUAAUUAGCUUUCUAAUGAAUGCAAAUACAACUUCAAAACCGUGGUCAUGAUGAAUCAAUCACAUCAAUCAGCAUCUUUUGGCAAGUGCUCUAUGUAUCCAAUCGGGAUCGAGCUCAUAGGACUUUUGACAAGCAUUACGCAGAAUAUAGUACAUAAUAUGCGAAUGAUUUGAAGCAAUAAAUCAGUAUUUAGUGCACAUAUAAAGCUAUAGAAUCAAAUAACAAAGUAUUUGAGACUCUUGAGUUUGCUACUAUCUUUUUGAAAUCUUUGACAGAUGUGUGAGUAAAUAAUGCAAUCUCUACCACAGUUAUCGGUCCUUACUCAUGUAUUCAUAAUAUUCAUGCGCAGAUGUCAACAAAUCAGAUUGAGCGAUGGGUUGAGAAGUGAGGAGGAGUUAGAGAUUGCAUGUGGUGUUUUGUUUACAUUCUCAAACGGAUGCACGCGUAUUCGACUAGCGGCGCGUGAUUUGUAAACAGCGCAUCUUGGAUUGAUGUGCGGAACACAAUGUCAUCCGUAGGAGCGGUCAAUCGAGGACAGGGAGAAUGCUCGUGGUGCAACAGAUAUCGCUGUUGGGCAUUUUACCUGACCCUUUUGUUGAUUAGUGUGACAUGUCAAAUAAUUUCAGGAACUUUAACAGAUGGAGACAUUGUAAUGAAAAAUUCUGGUGUGCGAGUUUUUAUUGGUCGCCGUGUGUUACUUAAUCCAGACGACAAUUUGAAAAUAAAUGUGAAUGAGGGGAACAGAUGCAGAGUGAAAGUUUUGCAAAGUGAUCUUUUGUCUCAAAGACCUGGGGAUUUAAUACCAAAAGAAUUUCCUUGUGCUUUUCCUGAAAAAUUAGUUCAUUACAUUCAUUAUGGAGCCAAAGAACCCAAAGAGGAUUUUCUUCAUUUAAUGAUUCAUUAUGAAUCUGUCAAUCAAUCCCUUAUCAUUCCAUUAAUAUUUCAUGUGGAAAUCCAAGAUACAGUGCAAUAUAAAAUACUAACCCAAAAUACUCCACUAAAUGUGACUAAACUUUCAGAUUUUAGUAAUGCUAUUUCUGGCAGUAAUACAGGUUUUUCAUAUGACAAAGACAAUCAGCAGUGCAAAUUAACUCUUCUGUCCCAUGUUGUUGGAUUACCUCGCCAUGGAUAUAUUGUGAAUGACACUUCGGAACUUGCUAUGGCUGACUGUGAUAAAUUUUUACAACUCAACAUCAUCUACAAACCCUUUGCCUCUGCAAGCUCACCAAACAAAGAUUUCAUUCCAUUUGUAGUUGAAGUAAUGGACACAGAUGGUGAUGUGAUGAAUCAAGAAUUUUUUCAAAAGCCAGUAAUUAUUGAAGGUGGUCUUCAAAAUACUAGACCCCAACCUAGCUUUAAUGCUCUUCUAGUCAUGGAUGUAAGUCAGGGAAAUACUAUUGAUCAGUUUAUUAUGACAUCAAUUCCACCUAAAAUUUUAGCUGCUGAGGAUAAGGAAACACCAGCUGAUCAAUUGAUUUUCAAUGUUACUAAACCCUUAGGACCUAAUCAAGGUGAAUUAGUCAGCACUGAUGAUAGGAAUCAACCAGUGAGGUCAUUCUAUCAAAGAGAUGUUUUUGAUUUGAAAAUUGCUUAUAAACCACCAAAGACUGACUCGGACAAAAUAAGGUCCUUUCAAAUUGAACUUCAGGUAAUUGAUGGGGAUGGAUUCAAAUCUGCACCAUUUACACUUCUUGUUUCCGUAAAACCAAUGAAUACUCUUUCACCAAUCGUCACACUGAACAGGGGAAUUCAGAUGUUUGAGGGACAGUCCCGACCACUUCUUCACUCUGAAAAUUUUCAAAUUUCAGAUGAAGACAAUCUGAGUAAUGUUAAAGUUUUUGUUAUAGAUGGGGUUAGGCAUGGCCGGUUACAGAUUCCAGGAAACAAGGAAUAUUUUACCCCCAAAGACCUUCAGGAUGGGACAGUGAUUUAUAAGCAUGAUGGCACAGAUACUUACAGUGACAAUAUUGUAUUCAGGAUGACAGAUAAUACUCAUGAUGUAGAAUUUCUCUUUCCAGUUACAAUUUACCCAGUUGAUGAUGAACCACCAAUUUUAAAUCGAAACAUAGGACUUGAAAUUAAGAAGGGGCAACUAGUUGAAGUAAAUAGAUAUGUUUUGAGUGCAACAGAUGUAGAUAGUGAUGAUGCUAAAAUUCUCUUUUUGCUACAGCCUCCUUAUUCUAAAGUAGGCAGAUUGGUCAAAAGACAGUUUGGAACACCCUCAGACCUAUCAAAGUGGCAGUACCUAAAUGGACUGUACCAACAAGUUGUUGAUGAAUUUACUCAGCAGGACAUAACUGAUGGCAAAAUUUUCUAUCAGCAUUUUGGACCAGGGAUGAGAAAAACUAUUGUUGACAAAAUGAAUUUGAUAUUAUCUGAUAGAAUGGAUCCUCCUAACCAGUCACAAGAGUACACAUUUUCAGUGAAAAUUUUGCCAAUAGAUGAUACUCCACCACGUCUUGCCGAAUCCACCACCCUUCAAUUGAAUGUUAAUGAAUUUCAAAUGACUGUUAUAAAGAAAAAGAAUCUGAAAUACACAGACGAAAGUACAGAGGACAGGAAUCUCAGAUACCAAAUCACUAGAAAACCUUAUGAUACAGACCAAAAUACUCGUUUACAAUCAGGAAAAUUAGUGCUUUGUGAAUCCCCUUCAAAUCAAAUCUCAAGUUUUACUCAAUCUCAAGUUAACCACCUGAGAGUUUGUUAUGUACCCCCAAACAUAGAGCUUGGAUUGACCAAAAGAGUUCUAUAUUUUCACUUUAACGUGGAAGACGUGCAUGGGAAUAUUUUGCAUAAUGAACAUUUUGAAAUCAGAAUUCACCCUGUGAACAAUAAACCACCCAGAGUUAAAAACAGGGGCUUCCGGGUUUUAGAAAAUGGAGAAUUUGCCAUCAAUCAAAACACACUGCAUAUAAAUGAUCCUGACACAGAGAAUUCUCUCUUGAAAAUCAUCAUCACCCAAUUACCAAAACAUGGAAUUCUAAAAAAAAAUCAUCAAUAUUUAAUACAAAAUGACAGCCUCACACUGAGGGAUAUUGUGAGUGGAAACAUCAUUUAUAAAAACUUGGGAAGUGAAGCCACAAAAGACAGUUUUAAUGUGUAUGUUACAGAUGGAAUCCAUCAUGUACCUGUGGUUAUUCCUAUUAAAAUUGACCCUGUGGAUGAUGAACCUCCAACCUUUGUGGGUGACCAAUCAAAUGUCCUGUUUGUCUCUGUUCAACUAAAUGAGGGAAAAAGUACAGUAGAGUGGAAUAAAGAAAUAAGGGCAACAGAUCCUGAUACAAAUGAUCUGGAUCUGACUUUCAUAAUCAAAAAUCGACCAAAAAUGGGUAGAAUAGUGAUAAACAAUCAGCCUGUUACAACAUUUACUCAAAAAAACUUAAUUGAUGAAACUGUUAUUUAUCAACAUAUGAAUAAAGAAAUAGGAAUGGAUGAGACAAAUGAUAGUUUUGUGCUUGCUUUGACUGAUAGCUCCGUGGGAUUUGUAGUCCAGAACAAUAAUGUAAAAACUGUUGAAGUCAUGAUUCAUAUUCUACCUGUCAAUGAUAAAACUCCUCGGGUGAUUAUUGGAGCCCCGUUUGGGGUUACUGAAGGUGAGAAGUCCCCUAUUUUACCCCGUCAUUUGGAUGCCAUGGAUGAGGAUACUGCAUACAACUUUCUCCAGUGCAUUAUUACCAAACAACCCUCAUUUGGUUACCUAGAAAACAUGUCUCCAGCUCCAGGGUCUGAGAAGUCGCAGCAAGGAAUCCCUAUAUCUGCUUUUUAUGUUGAAGAUUUGCGACUAGGAAAUAUAAACUAUGUCCAGAGUGUACACAAAGGGGUGGAAGUUGGAAAGGAUGAAUUUUCAUUUCGGUGCAAUGAUGGAGUAAAUCAAUCUCCUGUUGAUAACUUCCCUAUUGUUGUCUAUCCAGAAAAUGAUGAAGAGCCUCGGGUGUACAUCCGUGAAUUCAUUGUGAUGGAAGGAAUGGAGCUAAAAAUUGAUGCUCCUAUUCUGAAAGCUGUGGACAAUGAUGAUCCCCCAGGAUCCUUGACUUUCCUUAUUUCAAGACCACCGAGAUACGGCCAGAUUAUACAACAGAGGACUGUUGCAGGAAUCUUUCCUGUGUCUAAUUUUAGUCAAAGUGACAUUGCAAAGUCAUCCACCAUAAUGUAUAAACAUGAUGAUUCAGAAACACUUAGGGACUCCUUUGAAUUUAUACUUACAGAUGGGAAAUUCAACGUCACCCGUACCGUUCCAAUAAUAAUUUUACCCAUAGAUGAUGAAACACCUAGACUCUCUGUCAACAAUGAACUUGAAAUAGAAGUAGUAGGUGGAAGAAAACUCAUCACCAACAAUCAUUUGAGAGCAGAUGACAUUGAUUCAGAUGAUUCAAAGAUCACCUUCAUUAUACGGGGCUACCCAAGACAUGGAUAUAUUUUGAAGAGGGGGAGUGAUGGGAUAGUGAGAAAUUUAACUUUAUAUGCCAACUUCACUCAAUUUGACAUUGAUAACAAUCAUGUCUGGUAUGUCCACACAGACAGUGAUAGUGGACAAGAUGUAAUUAAGCUUGAUGUGACAGAUGGCCUUAACCCAAUAGUGGAUCGUUAUUUUAAGGUAACCAUUGCAGAACUAGACAUUAUUUAUCCUCAGGUGAUAAGUCGAGGUUUGCAGUUACCAGAGGGGGGAUCUAUGAUCUUGACCACUGACAUGAUUGGAGGGACUGAUAUCAACUCUUCAGAUGAGGAUCUUAGGUUUACUGUCACUCAGGCUCCUGUUCAUGGUUUUUUGGAAUCAACAGACAAUCCAGGAACACCUAUACUGACAUUUACACAGCUUGAUCUAGCAGGAAGCAAGAUUCGAUAUGUACAUAAUUCAGAUUCUGAAAUUAAGAUGGAUGGUUUUCAGUUUGAGGUUACUGAUGGGAAUAAUCCUGUAACCAGAAGUUUUCGAAUUGCUAUCACUGAUGUGGACAACAAGAAACCUGUGCUCUUUUGCAAUAAACUAAGAAUUCAAGAAGGGGGGAAUAAAAUCAUUACACCAUUUGAAUUGAGAGUGGAGGACUUGGACACACCAAAUAAAAAAAUUACAUUCUACAUCACACAAGUUCCCCUACAUGGAAACAUACUCAGAAACUUUUCACAAACUGUGAACACAUUUACUUAUGAGGACAUUAUUAACAACCUUAUAACAUAUCAACAUGAUGGAACUGAGACUACUCAAGAUGAGUUCUCUUUCACUAUCACUGAUAAUACAAAUGUUGACUUCUAUGCUUUGUCAGAUAUGUCCAUCCCAACAAGAAUUCCCCAAAUUUUUACAAUUGAAGUGGUGCCUGUGGACAAUGGAAUUCCCAAUGUGUCUGUGAAUAAAGGAAUUACCUCCCUUGAAUAUCUGCCUGAUGGGAGAAGAGGGGUUAAACUCACCAACAGGGUGCUUCAGGCAGAAGACCGGGACAGCACAGACAACAGCUUGACUUUCCUUUUGACAGUUCUUCCACAACAUGGUCAUCUUCACAAUAUUGAUAGUGGCAAUGGAGCCAUCAGCUCCUGGACUCAAGAGGAUAUAAAUGAGGGCCGUAUCUUCUAUAUGCUGAAUCCUGCAUCCAACACUACUGAUGAUACUUUCUUCUUCAAGCUUCGUGAUAAAGGAGGAAAUGUACUGCCAAACCAACCAUUCCAUCUUACUUGGUGCUUCAUUUCCUUUACUGCUGACAGACAGGAAGUGAAUGAAACGGAUACUUUGGUCAUAGAACUACAAAGAAGGGGUUACCUACAGGAGACAGUGUUUGUCACAAUGGCAGCUGUAAAUGGAAGUGCUAAAGUUGGAGUUGAUACACAUAAAUGGUUUAAUCCUCAAAUUCAAUUCAACCCAGGUCAGACGUUAAAAUCAUGGACCCUUCAUAUAGUGAACGACCAUCAGUUUGAACACACAGAGAAUUUUCAAUUAAAACUGACUGAUCCUGUAUCAGCCAUUCUGGAAUAUCCUUGGGUUGCUAACUUCACCAUCACAGACCCAGAAGAUGAACCAGUUGUGGAGUUAAUGUGGGGAGAAAGACGUGUUUCAGAAGGCAUUGGAGAAAUCUUUGUUCCUGUCCACCGAAUUAGAGGUGACCUCAGGAAUGAGCUGAUGGUCAUUUGCGGAACUGUGUCAGGCACUGCAACAGGGACACCCCCAGGAAAGAUUCUGUCGGGGUCAGACUUCUUUAGUCGACCCUUUGAUCAGCGCAGUAUCAUCAGGUUUGGCCCCCAGGAAAAAGAAAGGCUGUGCAGGGUAACACUCAUUGAUGAUUCUCUGUAUGAGUUGGAAGAGAGCUUCAAGGUCGUUUUGACAGACGUCAUGGGUGGACAGAUUGGAGCCCAAAAUGAGACCCUUAUCUUCAUUGAACCUGAUGCUGAUGAUGAACCCCAGUUUUCAUUUGAGAGAUCAGAAUAUGUGGUUGAUGAGAGUGAGAAACAAGUGGAGGUUGGGAUUAGAAGGAGUGGCACAGACCUCUCUAAGCCUUCUAGUGUAACCAUCCGCUCACGCAUGUCCAGUCCAAAGUCGGCUCAAGCUGGACUAGACUAUAUUGCAGUAAAUAAGAUCCUGGACUUUGCUUCUGGUGUAACAGUGAAUACAAUAUCAAUCCAGAUUUUGGAUGACUUAGGAAGACCUCAUCUGGAGGGGAUUGAGCACUUCCAGAUUGUGUUGAAAUCUACUAUUGGAGGGUCAUUAGGUCUUCCAGACAUGGCCACAGUGUACAUUAAUGACAGUGUAUCAGACGUCCCAUCAAUGGAAUUUGAAGACCCUGAGUACUUUGUGAAUGAAGAGGAGGGUUUUGUGGAUGCUGUUAUUGUCAGAUCAGGGGACAUAAGUCAUGACUCCAGUGUGAGGUGUUACACCAGACAGGCCACUGCACGAGUAAUGGAAGACUUCAAGGAAAGAACAAACACAGACGGAUCACUCAUCAUAUUUCGACCAGGUGAGAAGGAGAAGACCUGUCGAGUUUAUGUUGUGAAUGACAACAUGUACGAGCCGGAUUCGGAGGUAUUUAGUCUGGUUCUAGGUAAUCCGUGGAGUCAGGCAGCUGGAUUAGCUUCAGUUGGAAGGUUGAAAUCAACAACAAUCAGGAUUAAUGAUGAUUCAGACAAACCUAUAAUUAAAUUUUCUCGACCAAGAUACUUUGUGAAUGAGCCGCUUCUUCCUGGAGAUGUGUCAAAAGUCUCUAUUCCUGUCAGGAGACUGGGGGAUGUCUCAGGAAUGUCCAGAGUUUUGUUCCAUACCAAGGAUGGCUCCGCCCUCAGUGGGAAAGAUUAUGAUCCGGUAGCCAGAGAACUGCUAUUUAAUCCGGGUAUGACAACAAUCCAUGUGGAGAUUGCAGUUCUUUAUGAUGCCACAAGGGAGAUAAGUGAGAUUUUCACUGUACAUAUAGGAGAAGACAGAAAUGGAUUAGCUGAAGUCAAGAGAAAUGCCAGAGCUCAGGUUGUGAUUGAGGAAAAGAAUCGACUGGCUGAUGUUGUGUUUCCACUGAGACCGCUGGUUGUGUCACUUAGAGAUUACGACAAUGCUGCGAAGGCAGACCUCAACCCAGUCAAUGGAUACCCCGUCAUUUGUAUCACUGCAUGUAACCCCAAGCAUCCACAGUACCAAACAUUGUCUCGGGUCUGUAGAAACAUUGGCAUCAACAAUGAAGCGACAAGGUUUCGCUGGAAAGUUGCUGCACCAACACACAAAAGUGGAGUCACUUAUCCACUAGAGGACAUCAAAUCUACUACUUUUUUUGCUGCAACAACUGGAAUCACCUUAGACAGCGUAUACUUUACAGCAGGCAACAGAGUUCAAUGUAUUGCUCGAGCCUUCAAUUCCAAGGGUCACCCAGGCAAGGAAAUGACCAGUGAAUCCGUUACCAUAGACACCAAAAUGGGAAUCUGUAUGUCUAAAGAGGAUGGGGGCCUGGGGAGUACCCCAUACCAGGCAAGCAUUAGAUACCAAGGUCCAAAAUUCAAGGAAAAUUCCAACAAAGUGAAAAUCUCGGUUACCAUUCCUCACACUGAUGGACUUUUGCCUGUGGUGACCACCUAUCAGCCCUCCAACUUUGAUUACAUUUUGACCCCCAGCAGCCUGCGGGUUGCUCAGCACCAGUGUUCUAAUUUACUAGAUGCUACAGAACAUUAUGGAGGGUUCACUUCAAACGUCUCGCGUCAUCGUAAUGCUGUGGGAGAUGCUGAACCAUACCAACAUAGUGCAGAACUACGAACAGCGCACACUCUCAGAUUUUAUAGGAACUUGGACCUUGAGUCAUGUGUGUGGGAAAUCACAGGCUUCUUUGACAUGUCUGAACUGGUGUCAAAAUGUGGAGGUCAAUUCAGGUCAGACGGGCAGUCCAUCUCCUCUACAUUGUCUGCCAUCACUUUGGAUGUGUGGCUGUAUGUGUCCUAUGUCAGAUACUCCCCUUCUGUACCAGGGGCUUGGUUCCAUCAGGACCACCAGACUGUUCUACCCCUGACCUUUGUGUACAACACUGGUAUCAUGUGGAGUGAUGGGAUUAUCUCCCCUUCAACUCCGGAUGUGACAGGGAACUUAUAUCCCUCAGCUAUGAGAGUUCUUGAUGAUGGCAGACUUCUAGUGGCUUUUACUACAAAGGCAGGAUUUAAUGGAAAAUUCAUAUUUCAAGAUGCUGCACCACAAGGUGUAAUAGGAAAAGGACUAAUGUCAUCUGUAACAUCUGCUGAUCACCCAGAAUUGACACUCUCUCUCCAACUUCUGGGGGGAGAUUCCACCUUCAACCGCCCAGAACAGCAUUGGCAGUUUCAGUCAAAUUUUGCAAUUGAAGACUACACUGGUAUGUACAAUAUCACUCUGAUUCCAUGCCUGACCCCAGUCCACCAGGCCUACAACAUUGACGGAUCAUGUUACCCUCAGCCACCGAUCGCUUUCUCCCUUCCUGUGCAGUUCCAGCAGAUCAGUGAUCCAGUUCCUGCUGAGUUUACACUCAACACAGACUUCCACCUUAUGAGAAAGAAAGACCAGUGGAUGUCUGAGGAACCAGGAAGACAGAAGCUUGGGUCCGCUUUUGCUCCUGGUGAGAAAAUCUAUGGUAGAAUUGACAUGAAGAGUGUUCAGAGGAUGGGAGACCAUUUACAGAUAUCCCUGGAGAAGGUGUUCCUUUGUUCAGGAAAAGAUGGGUACAUUCCAACAUUUGAUCCCAAUGCAGGACAGUAUGGUUGCCUCUCCAAAUCAGAGAACUUACAAUAUCAUCUGAAAAUAAUUGACCGCUUGGCUCCUUUCACAGUUAACAGAGAUUUGAAUGGAAUACCUCUAUCAGCCAAACUGGCAGAGGAGGAAGGUGCCAUUAGACUUGUCAAUCAACCAGGAGCAGAUGGAUUUGUUAUUGAUACAGGGCCUUUAUUCAAGAGUGACCCAAACAGACUCUGGUUUCUACAUACUGUUUAUAAUUUACAUUCACCCAAUGCCAUAGAUGACAGGAUUGCAUCAUACCAUUCCCUGCCUGGCAAGGACACUUCAGCCCCGUCAUGGCUGGGGAGACAGAGGAGAUCCCCUGAGGACUUUGAGAGGUUAGGGCUCUCGGGAAAGGGAACUAACAUGGUCAGAAUUGUCCUUACAGAGGAGCAUCAUGUGGAGGAGGACAUCAAAGCAGAAGUUUCUGAAAUUUCCGAAGACCAGGGAGGAGAGAGGUCUUCCCUCAUUCCAAUACUUGUCGGGAUAGCUGUACUGUUAUGUCUGACUCUUAUACUGCUGAUUUUCAUCAUUAGAAAAAAGAGGAAGGAAUCCUCACCCCCACCAACCCCUGACAGUACAAUGACUGUCGUUUCCACGGGGACUCGCAAGGUUGUUGUUAAAAUCGACACGCAGGGGGAUUUUACAGAAGUUUAGGUUAAUUUUUUGCAAAUACACAGACUUUCAAAAGAAUUGUUCAUGUGUUAAGCUGAUGUAAUAUGUAAAUUGUUUUAUAUUUGCGAGAACUUUAUUUUCAUGUAAAUUUUCAAGGUUGCCUUGAUGUGAAGAUUAGAUUCUCAUGAAUAGCUAUAUAUAUGUACAAUGUAAGUACUGAUAAACAAAAUGAGAAUUUAUAUAAAUUAUGUAUCGGUGAUAAAUUUGACAAGGAUCACAGAAGUAAAGUUUCAUGAAAUACAUGUGAUUUACAAGCAGUCAUACGUCACAUAUUUUGUGCUAUUAUGGUAUACCUCUGAUCAGAUUUUUUUUCUUGAGAAAUAAGCAAUUUAUACAAUGGUAAUUUGAAUCAAGUUUUUUUUUUGUAGUUGGAAUCUAGAAAUUCAAUUUGGUCCUGAUAAGAUAAAUUUUGCUCAUUUUAUUAUAAUCAAACCAAGAAAUACCUCAUGAUACAAAAACCAAAGUCACAUACUCACAUAAUGAGGUCAUAUAUCAUGCCUUGUAUUGAUGAUAUUCUGGUAUGCAUUCCAUUCUCACUCUCUUUUUUUAAUAAAAAAUCUUUUUAAAUGUUUUGUGGUAUCAAACCUAGCUUGAUACAUUUUAUGUGUGUCCUAGAUGUGCCUUUAUGUAGUUGAUAUACAAAUAGUAUCUUAAAUUGAAUGUUGUCAUUAUUGUGUGCUGCUAAAAGCAUUUCUUAUUGCUUAAAGAAAAAAAUAAUGCUGGUGUAAACAUUGUAUGUAUGUCUGUUUGGUGAUUUUGUUACAUCUUAUGCAUUCCAGAUUGUAGCUUUAUUUAAACUCAGUAUCUCGAUAGUUUUACUCUCUUUUAAAGCUGUAAGUUAUGAUUAUUUUAUGCCAUCGUUUUCUUUAAGUUCUAAAAUUGAAUUUCAAUUAUGUGAUACAUAUGUACAGUACAUUUCAUUUAAAUGAAAAUGCAAGUAUCUACAUCUAUCUACAUGUUUUUUUUUAUUGUAGGAUCUAUAAAUAACAUGUAUUAUGAAAAUGCAUAUUCAUUCAUUGAUGUUGCACAAUGAAGAAAAUACUCAGUAUGUAUAUCUGAUAUAUACGUAAAACCAAAGAAUACGUUGAUGCAGUGUCAAAUAUUUCUGGCAUCUAUGUCUGAGGUUGUGUUUGUGGUUUUUUUAACAUAAAUCCAAGGGUUGUUGAUAAUUUACAACAUAUUGGCGUAGCUUAUUUGUGAAUUGUUCAAGUUCAAACUGCUGAGCAUCAUGUUCAUUUUUCUACGUUUGAAUUUCCUCAGCAGUAUAUGAUUUUUAUACUUUUUAGUGUGUGUGGUUUUUCAUUGAUUUUUUUUUUAUUUAUAGAAAAAAGAUUAGAUAUCUAAUAAGCCUCAAAAGUUGUGGACCUUUCUACAAUUUCCAGAUAUGUUCCAUUUAUUGAAAUAUUUCAUAGGUGCUCAGGUCAUUGAUAAACUUUAGAGAAUUUUCUUUUUAUCAGUAUACAGUGGGUGCCCAGGUCAUUGAUAAACUACAUGUAUAGAGAACAUUUCUUUAUACUAAAAGUGGGUGAAGUCAUUUAUCAAACUUUUUUGAAAUUUUUUUUUUUUUUACAGCAUACUAGUAUAUUAUUAUGCAAAAUAGAGUAAAGGAAACUAAAAAUCUGCAUCAUGGAGUGGAGAAAAAUGUCUGGUCGUAGUUUGAAUUUCCUCAAUAGCUCUAUAGCCUUUAUUUACAUUAUUCAUGAUCUAAUCCCCUAUGAAAUAUUAGUUGUGAAUGUAUUAUUAGGCCCCCACCAUAGGGUUGGUGUUCUAUAGUAAUCACUCUCUCUGUCUGUCUGUUUGCGAUGGCAUGCAAUAAUUUAAGUUUGCUUGAAAACAUUUUCAUAAAUUUCAUACCUAAUUAUACAGAAGACCUGUUUGAAUUUUCAGAUUUAUCGGCUUUGUCGUUACAGAGUUAUGGGAUUUGUAAUUUUUAUUUUAAUAUUAAGAAGAUAAUAGAUUACCUGAGAAGAUUUUCAUCAAUUUUGUAUGCAAUGCUCUGAUUAAGCAAAGAUCCAUUUUGAUUUUCAGAUUUCUGUUUAUCUAUUCAUUUGUGUAUCAGCCAGCACUUUCUGUAGCAUGCGAUAACUUAAGUUUCCUUGGAAAAAUUUUCAUCUGUCCAUCAGGCCUUCCGGAGCCCUUUCUGACUUGUCAGUUUUCUUAACAUAAUUAUUAGUUAAUGCAUUGUCUUCCUUUAUUUUUAUCUACAAAUAAAUGACUUUUAUGUAAUAAUGUGCCAUUGUUAGUUUGUCCUCAUUUUUAUGCCCCUUUCAAAGCACAAGUGUGGAUAUGUUGGUUUGUUAUUUUGGGUUUAUUUAAUUUUGAUUAUACUGCAUAUAGUGAAAUGCAAACUUUCUGUUUGUGGUCAUGGGAUAUUUGAUUAACAAACAUAUUAAAGUGUGUAUUCCAAAAUCCUUUGUUACAGCAAGAAUGGUAAGUAGUUGUUGGAAGUUAUUUACUGUAUUGUUUUUCUGAAGCAUUUAUUUGUAUACAUGUAUAUGCUCUGUGCCUUUGUGUAUGCUUGACUGUAAUGUGUAUGCUAUCAUUAUAAAUGGUUGUUGAUGAAUGAAAUAAAUACAUGCAUAAAUUAU